UCAUAAACUAUAAAUACACGACACUUCUGACUUUACCCUUCACAACUAGGGUUUGGGCUUCCUCACUGUCUCUUCCAUUUGAAAGUCGUUACACUCACUCACACACAAACUGCUGGUGCAGAUCUCAAACAUAAGAAUGGCUUUGGUAGCGAACGAAGAUUUUCAACACAUUCUUCGUGUACUCAACACGAACGUCGAUGGGAAGCAGAAGAUCAUGUUUGCUUUAACCUCCAUCAAAGGUAUCGGUCGUCGUUUUGCUAACAUUGUUUGCAAGAAGGCUGAUGUUGACAUGAACAAGAGAGCUGGUGAAUUGUCAGCCGCAGAGCUUGAAAACCUUAUGACAAUUGUUGCAAAUCCUCGCCAGUUCAAAAUCCCAGACUGGUUUCUGAACAGGCAGAAGGAUUAUAAGGACGGAAGGUACUCUCAGGUAGUUUCCAAUGCAUUGGAUAUGAAGCUCAGAGAUGAUCUCGAACGUUUGAAGAAGAUCAGGAACCAUCGUGGUCUUCGUCACUACUGGGGUCUGAGAGUGCGUGGGCAGCACACCAAGACCACUGGUCGCAGAGGAAAAACUGUUGGUGUCUCCAAGAAGAGAUAAUUUGGUUCCCCAAUUUUGCUCUUGUUGGUGCUCCAUGUUUUGUUUUGUAUGGUUUUAGUAGGAUUUACCUUUUAGUAUGUAUGAGAGAAUUCACAUGAAUGCUGUUGCUUUCAUAUAAUUUCGAUUAUCAAUGGUAUACUUUGUUUUGUUUUCUUUAUUUC